GGCAGCUAUUUAUAGUACUAAUAAAUGCUAGACAUGGACACGUGUCAAGCAUCCGAUGGCCGAGGGUCACCUCAAUCGGGGUGGCACCGGCACUCGCAUGUGGCCGUAUUAAAUGUGGUGGUUGGAUGUGACGUCGUACUUGGUACGGUGAUUCAGGCGCAUGUGGGGAGGAUAUUCUGUCGAUGAAGAUGCCUUCGGCUGUAGACGACAAGCCGAAGGCUCUCCGUACCAGGGGCGUCCUAGUACCGAGGGCUCCAAGUGCCGAAGGCUUAGUUUUCAAACCUUGUUCUCCUGUGAUGUUUCUGAGCUCGAAUCUGUAAACGGUAGCCUUCGGCCAUGGCGCCGAAGGCACCCCCAUAUGUGAAUUGUGGGCUGCUUAGAGCUUCAUUCUGCUGGGCUUGGCCCGUUUUAGGGCCUAUUGGGCCUGAAUGCAAUAGCGGUAGUAUGUGUGCCGGGGGUCCCUGGGUCAUAUACUCCAUCAGGAGUCCGUCACUCCUUUUGCCGAAAGGUACUUGAGGGAAAAGGAGUAAAUGCGUUUAUCCUCUGAUGCUGCCUUGUUGUGGUUUGUGAGGAGUCUUGCGUUUUCUAUGUUCUGCCGCGAGCAGUCCCUCAGUCCCCCAUUUUCGGGAUUUGAAGGAUUAUGUUGAUGUUUUGGGGAAAGUUUAACAUUUUGUGAUUUUUUCCCAGAUGGGUCCUCCAGUCCCCCACUCCUUGAGGCACAUGUAAUGUGGUGAAGAGGAGUAGAGCAGUGCAUGUCUUCAGUAUGGGGUCGAGGGCUGACUAUUUUCGUUUCACUUUGGGGGGAUGCCUCGUUAAAAACCUUAUUAGAAAAUACCUUGUGGGAAAAAAUUCUAAUGAGGGAAAAAGAGUGCACCGAGUUCCCUCAAUGAUGAAUCGAAAAGGUUAACCCUUGAUCUGAGUAUAGUCUGAGGCCGAAGGCUACCCGUGAUCUGAGGGCUUGCUUGUUUGAUUUGUCGGGGGCACCUUGGUGAUAUCACGGGGAUGCCGAGGGGGUCCCCUAGUCGUUGAGGACUGAGGGUGUGUUGACAUAGGUGAUAGCUCCUGCGUUGCUGAGAGGGGGGGUUCCUAGUUCUUGAUAAGUUGGAGGCUGAGGGCUCCCGAGGGGUGCCAUUAUCUUAUGCCGGAGGCUAACCAUUGAUAAGGGGUUUGAAGGUGUUAGCCCGAAGGCAUGCACAGUUGUUGUCAAAGGGGUUCCCUGGUUCUCAAUAUUUUGAGUGUUAAAAGUACCCAAGGUGUUCCUUGGUGAGGGGGGUUCACUUCUUGAUGAGGUGACCUGGAACGUGUGACCUCGGAGGCAUGUUCGUUGUUUUGCCCGAAGGAUACCAGCUGAAGGCAAGGCUGCGUGGUGACCGUUGAAGUAUAGCCAUUGGGAUAUAGCCGUUGCAGAUAUGACUGUUGGAAUAUGACCGUUGUAGGUGGGGUCCAUGUGGCGUGUUACUGUUGGCUUUCCCGGGCAGGCGUCACCGGUUGGCUGGGGCGACGGUCAGCAAUGAUUAUUCUCUGACCAGGGGUCCGAUUUUUGGCCCAAGCCCGGAUUGGGGGGCCUAUAAAUACCCUAGACGUGACUUCACUUUCCCUUACGCAUUUCUCGUUGUAGGGAAGCUCUGGCAAUUUUUCUAGAGAGAUAAACAUCUGCCUUCGAUCAAAUCAUUCUUUCCGAGGUCAGUUCUUCACCCGCUCUUCGCUAUAUUAGUAAAUUUAGCUUCUGUGGCCUUAGAUCCUUAGAAAAUUUUGUUUCCUUGAACCCUUCGACUUUAAUAUUCAAAAUGUCUUCGGCAAGUGAUUCUCAAGACAUCUCGAGGGAGCCGUCUGUCCAGGCUGAGAGCUAUUCAGACGUUGAGUCUUCAAGUGAGCAGCCUUCGGCGUGUGAUGAUGCUGUCCUGGCUAUGGAAGUAUAGAAAGACCUCACUGCCGAAGCCGAGGCUGAGGACUUUGAGCAGGUAGAAGAAGACGAGGAGUUGGCCAUUGCGAUGCAGACUGCCGAAGAAGAGGAGGAGAAGGAAAGGAUGCAAGUUACCGUUGCCAUCCUCCCUGCACGUAACGCUGGUGAAGCCAGCACCUCUCGGCCUUUAAACCCGACGCCUCUCAGGGUGGCCCCAGGGAAGAAGAAGAGGGCCAAGGAUGUACCGAAGAAGAAGCAACCAGCCGUAGACGCCGGGCGGCCGGUAGGUAUCCUAGAAGGCCACUCUUUUUUGAACAUUGCUGCCCUGGAGUUGAAGACGAGGGCAUCCCCGGCCGAAUGUCCGGCCACUCAAAUUCUCGCCGGCCCUUCGGCACGUAUGGUGGAACCGAGGCCAGAUGAUUCGUUACGGUACGCACCCGAGGGCUGCUUCGCCAUCCAUACUUUAUCAGUGGAGAUGGGGCUCCGGUUUCUGCUCCACCCUUUCCUGUUGGAGUACCUGAGGUUCGUGGGGUUGGCCCCUUGUCAGCUAACGCCUAAUAGCCACUCUUAUGUGGCCGGCUUUCUCUCUCCGUGCCGGAGCCGAGGGGUCCCACCUACCCUCGACCAGUUUUUAUGUCCUUCAACCUAUGCGGGGGGGGGGGGGGGGGGGGGGGGGGGCAUUCGAACGCAGAGGGCUUCGCCAACCUUCAGCAACUCCCGAAGUUCAGGCUGUUUGAUGAUGUCUCUUCGUCCCACAAGGGAUGGAAGGAUAAGUUUUGUUACGUCCACUUCGAGGAGAACCCCUUUCCGGCCCCGCUUCGCAAUAUCUUUCGGUGGCAUCCGAAGGUAGGGGGCGCUGCCCUCAAGAAGAAUGGCAAGAAGCUUGCCAAAAAGCCGGAAGGUUCUGAUAAACAUGUGUCAAUCAAGGAAGCCACGCUCCCGGAUGAUCUGCCCAAUCUGGGCUUCCGGCGUUAUAGGCUGUUGGGGGAGGAAGAUGAAAGAUAUCCCCUGAUAGAUCGUGUGUUCGAGAGUGUCCGAGGUGAUUACCGAAGGGUCAUAUAUUUUGUACUUAGAAAUAUUUUUCGUAGCUUAUCCAUGUCGCUGUAGUUGAUCCCCUUCGGCUUAACCCUUUGCUUUGUGUUCUUGCAGGUAACAAUAUGGAUGUCAACUCACUUUUUGCCCUGAAGAAACAAAAAGGGAAGAGGAAGGACCCCUCGGGUCAGAAGCCGGUUGAUACUCUCUUUCAAAAGGGGAGGGAGGAGCCCUUCACAGUUGCUGCUGCCGGUGCUGGGGCCGGGAGCUCCCAGGGCCAGGGGGCGUGAAGAAGAAGAAAAGCGAUAAGGGGGUUGAGCCCCUGGCCAAGAAGCAGAAGGUUGACUCCGGCAAACAACCCGCCGCUGAUGCCGUCGUUGUUGUGGAUGAUGCUACUGUCCCCCCAUCGCCCCGGAGGCACGACAAUGAGGCCUUCUUCGGCUGGGAGAAGUUGGAGGUAGUCGUGCCGAAGGGGAGCUCUGUGCUGGAUGCCACCCUUUGUCCCUCGGCAUUAAUCAGCCAUGUCAUGCCUUCGGAUGAUAGGCUGGCCCUCGCCCGGAUGGGUGAUGAGGCCCUCAACCAAAAGGUCCUCUGGAAUAGUGCCUCCGCUCUCAUGGGACUUUGUGAGCAGCUCCGGAGGGUUGGUCAGCUGCGGGAAGCCAAGGUUGGUGGAGACGAGGAGAUAGCCAGCCUCAGAAGAAAGCUGGCCGAGGCUGAGGAUACCCUUCGGUUGACAAACGAAGGUGUGGAGCAGAGGGUCCAGGCUGCCAGGGACGAAGGCAAGAAUGAAGGCCUGGCCGAGGCUGGGGAGGCUGCUGCUGAAGCCGCCCGGGUUGCCGCUAAGGAGGCCGAGAGGGCGAAGGCCGAGGAGGUAGCCAAAGCUGAGAAGGCCGCAGUGGAGGCUUUCACCGCCGGGGGCUGGAGAGCAGAGGACAGUGAAGGAUGGGUGUCCUCGGUGUUGGAGGAGAAGGUUGACUCCUGGGUCGAAGGCCCUGGUAGAAUGUGGCUGGCUGCGAAGGGUGAUUCUUACUACCAGGGCGGAGAGUUCUUCACCCAGCGCCUCAUUUAUCGGAAGCUGGCUCAGCAUUUCCAGGUGUCUCCGGAGGAUAUCAAGCCUGAAGCCUACAACCUUCCCCCUAGGCAUCCAGAUAUCACGAUUCCCCUCCUUCCGGGUGAAGAAAGGCUGGUGCUCGAGGACUCUGAAACUAUGAGGGAAUGUGGCCUCGGCGAUGACGAAGAUGAGGCCGAAGGUAGUGCCAACUCCAAGGCUGCUGAGGAGGAUGCCACGAAAUGAUUUGUACUUAAAGAAUUUUUUGGACGAUGUUAUGUAUAAACUUUUUGUAGCUUUUGGCUGAUGUAACAAACACCCUUGAUCAUACUCUUUGUUUUGAUGAAUGUAUGCACGUCUUCGGGCAUUUGAUGCUUCUAUGUUACUCUCUUCUUUUCUUCUGUUGAAUGAAUGCCUUCAUUUUUUC